UAAUCAAUGAGUGUUGCUCUGCUGAUGCUCAAUUGUAUUAAUGCAGGCUACUGUAGCAGCUGUACACUCUAGCCGGCAUCACCAUUGGAAAGCUAUUACGGGGAUAUAUUGUAGCAUCGCGACCUCCGAACGAAUCAUUCUGAGCUGAUAUUGGUGUGGGUCGUUUGGGUUAGGUUUUUGGAUUUGUAUGUGUGGGACAUUGGAUUGCCAUUUCGUUUACUGAAUGUAGCCGUCAAUUUUAUUUGGCCGCCGUAUGAAUUCUCCCAUCGAAUUCGCGUCAGUGUACGUUUUUGUUUUCAGACGGGCAGUUUGUUUAGAGGGCACCCUCCCUAUCAUAACUAAAGACAAUUUGAUUUCUGAUUCCCCAGUUACUGCUUUUGGAAUAUGUCUGGACAGUCUAUCACGGAUCGGAUCGCUGCGGCUCAGCACAGCAUGACAGGAUCCGCUAUAAGCAAAGCCGUUUGCAAGGCCACGACGCAUGAAGUCAGCGGACCCAAGAAGAAACACCUUGACUACCUGAUCCACUGCACCAAUGAGCUGAACGUGAGUGUCCCCCACCUGGCUGACACGUUGUUUGAGAGGACGGCCAACAACAGCUGGGUGGUGGUGUUCAAGGCCCUUAUCACCGCACACCACCUCAUGAUGUACGGCAACGAGCGAUUAAUCCAGUAUCUGGCGUCCAGAAACACACUUUUUAACCUGAACAACUUCUUGGAUAAGGGAGCAUUACAAGGUUAUGACAUGUCAACGUUCAUCAGACGCUACAGCAGGUAUCUAAAUGAGAAGGCCAUGUCCUACAGACUAGUGGCUGUGGACUUCACCAAGAUGAAGAGGGGGGUCGAUGGUGUGAUGCGCACCAUGACUGUUGAGAAGCUGAUCAAGACUCUACCCAUCAUUCAGAAUCAGCUGGAUGCACUGCUGGACUUUCAGGCUAACUCUAAUGAACUGACCAAUGGCGUCAUCAACGGCGCCUUCAUGCUGCUCUUCAAAGACUCCAUCCGCCUCUUUGCUGCCUACAAUGAAGGAGUUAUCAACAUGCUGGAGAAAUAUUUUGAUAUGAAGAAGAACCAAUGCAAAGAUGCCCUGGAGAUUUAUAAGACGUUUCUGAACAGAAUGACCAAGCUGUCAGAGUUUCUCAAAGUUGCAGAGCAAGUUGGAAUUGAUCAGGGUGACAUCCCAGAUCUCACACAGGCCCCUAGUAGCCUCCUGGAAGCCCUGGAGCAGCAUUUGGCCUCUCUGGAGGGCAGGAAAAUCAAGGAGCUCUCCACAGCCACCAGAGCUAACACCUUGUCUAGUGCUGUGUCGUCACUGUCCAGCACAGGAAUCUCCCUCAGCCGCAUGGACGAGAAGGAGGACGAGAACAGGCUGAAGGAUGAGGGAGCCAAGGUGAUUGACAUGCAGACGCCGACCGUCUCUCCCAGCGCCCAGUCAGUGGGCAGUGCCAACAGCAGCAGUGGGGCCACAGAUGUCUUCUCCAACUCAUCUGUUGUAUCCGUUACAAAUAACGUGCCAAAUCUCACCAGUGACCUGUUCAACCUCCAGCCCACCUUCAACCCAAACAUCCAGACCAUACACACUGUGCCGUCUAACAACAACGCCUGGGGAGGUUUGGGGCUCCCAGGUGACCUGCUGAAGCCAGCUCAGCCCACACACAUCCACAGCCCUGGGAUACCACUGCAAUCUGGGGGGAAGAUGAUGCCCACUGACCUGGACUCCUCCUUAGCCAACCUUGUUGGCAACUUGCAGUUCGGAGGAACAUCAGCCAAAAAGCCAGAGCUCCAGUGGACCCAGCUGGUAGAGAAGAAGCCAACAGGGGGGACUCACUGGCAGUCCAAAACAAUGUGCACUACCCCCAACUGGAACCAUCACGCUCCCAUGGCUCCUCAACCGAUGCCCAUACCACAAAUGAAUGGAAUGAUCUAUACUGGCUAUGCUCCAGCUCCAGUGGCUUUUCCAAUGACGACACCUCAAGUGCCUGUUUAUGGAAUGAUGCCUCCUCAUCAGAUGGGGCAGAUGGGUGGAGUCCCUAUGAUGGCACCACAGCAUAUGAUGUACAACCAGCCUGUCCUUCGGCACACCAAUCCAUUCGCCCCCAUGCCAGGAGCCCAGGCUUAUUUUCCUAUGCAGAUGCACUUCAUGUAGGACUGGGAGUAUCUUACCAUGACAGUAAAGCAGAGAGACAAAACAAACCAAUCCAGAACCAAAUACAACGCAAGAUGGAGGAGAGAAAGGAGCAGAAGAUGGUGGUGGAGACAGACUGGAGAUGUGUUGGUGUCAGUGCUCUUUCAGUGGCCUCUCUGUGGGAUAGAACCUCUGUUACAUUCUGCAUCAUGGCUGAUAUAAGAGUCCCAUCCAAGUCCUUUGACAAGUCAUAGCUCACAUUCAUUCUGUAUUUGAUUUGCUCAUUUGAAUGGGUAUUGUUCUGUCUGUUAAACCCAUGCUAUGAUGACAGCUGUAUUCCAGUUUGGAGCUUGGCCCUUUGCAGUGAAUUCCAGAAAACUGCCAUCACCCCCAUCCACAAGUGUCAAUGGACUUGAAUCAAUGUGAACUUUGCCAAGGGUGUACAUAUGCAUUGUCCAAUUAGAAUCUCAUACAAACCACUACAAUACUGCUACGUCUUUUCUCUCUAAUGUUAAUGUCAGAGUUGCAGUUGCCACCAUUGUAACAUGGAAAAGUGUGUGUCCCUUUUCAUGCAUUUCAAUCAAUGUUCACCAACAUUCUGGAGUUGACUCAGUAUUCGUUUCAUUUUGUUGUAACUGCCAAUUCCACAACCUGUUAUAGUAAGACAUUGGAUAAAUGGCUUGGAGACACAUGGUUUGUGUAUGUGUGCAUGUACAGUAUAUCUGUCUGUAUGUUCAUUUGCAGUGCACUCAGAUCUAAAUGUACAAAAGCUAUUGUGUAAUGUUUUCAUAGGUUCCUGUGAAAGCUAUGAUCUGUGUGGCAAGGGUUGACCACUGCGCUAGUUUUAAAUGGAGCACUCCAUGCCUACAUAGACCUACAGUAUACUCCUAGGAAAGAAAUGAAGAAGGCCCACUCAUUUCAUACGGAACCGUCAUAAGUCAUAACACAUUCUGCCUCUGCUGUGCCGCCCAUUGUUCACUCUGCUUGAUGCUAUUCGAGGUUGUUUUAUACGUGAUCCAUGUUUCUUUAGCUACCACAACAGUGCAUGAAACUUCCCGCCAUCUCAUUCGAUUCUGCUCUUUGAAACCGGUUGCGUAUUUUUUUGUUGAUAUGCUGUUCUUGUAAUGGUCCUACCAGUCUUGCCCUGUCAGUGAGUAAACGUUGGGAGAGUAAGUUCUUUGUGUUUCUUCUCUAGCUAACCGUAUUGCUCCAGGUUGAUACCCAAUGAGUUGUUGCAUGUGUCAUUGUUGUGUUUCUGAGUGGCAGUUAUUUUAGUGUAGCUCCUCACGAACCACUGGAGAAUGUUGUUGAGGAGCGGUUUCUGAGACUGCUUCAUGAGACAGUAAAACUGACACUCGCUCUAGUAAAUCAGCAACUAUCUGCCACAUUCUAACUCCAGCCCCAGAGAGAGCCUAGCUUUCUGUCCUGGACAUUUUCCCGAAGGCAGUGGACAAGUGAGGAGGAAGUAGAGAGAUCUGUAAAUGUGAUCGAGGGUCAUGUCUGUCAGAAACUCCCCAAUGUACGUAACGGUGACAGACAGACAGCAUAUAUAGCACAAACCCUGGAGGGGUGAGCGUUCUAAUGCACAAAACUAAAACCAUUGCUGGGAUGUACAGUCAAAGGGGCCGGGGAAAUCCUUGUUUUCUAUUGAUUGUGUUUCUAUAUGUCCAUGCCUUCCCAGUGAGAUAAACAGGGUAGUGUUCCUCAACGAGGCCUCCCAGCUUCUGGGUCCUCCGAGGUCAGUGGGGUCACUGAAGUCAUCCAGGCCAUCCGGUAGUGUGUAUUUAGCAAUGAGUAGUCAAGUGUCGUAACGUGUCUCAAUACAUGUCCGUCGUCUGUUAGAUUGCUAUAGAACCUCUCAUUCUGCUAUUCAUUGGCUCUGUCGGACUACCGCAUUCUGAUGCCCUGGGACCAGCCCACAUUUUGUAGAUGUUCUUUGAAACGUAGUUCUGUCUCAAUGUCAUCUGUGUCAAUUGAAUGCUUUUAUGCAAGUUCAUGCAGUCCCAUAGACCAAUUCUGACUGUUACGCUGUCCUCUGUAUAUAACCUUGUGUGUUUUUGACAUGUGCUCUGAAAGUGAUAGCCUAUUGGGAGACAUGGGUUGUAAUUGCUGUGUCUGUGGUGGGGUGAUUGUAUUUGGCAGUGUCAUGGGGUCUACGUCUGUAAUGUUUGUGUACAUCUUGAUGAGGGAUGGGGGUUAGGUUCAACAGUAUCAAAACUGGUCUACCAAGAGUGUCUUCAUUGUGGCAGUGGACACUGUCAUCUCCGUACAGGAACAUUUUGCACCAAAGUCAUCAAGCGCAGCUUUUCUCAAGGUCACAUUGCUGAUAUCCAAUUUGGAGGAAUUUGAUUUCAGCGACAAGUCUUUUUGCAUGAUUAGUGUUGUCUUUUUAUUGACUUGUGUGCCCGGUAAAAAGCAUGGUCAUAUGUGAAAUUUCACUUACCGGUGUGUUUGCAAAUGUUUAGGAAUUUCUCCAUGAGAUUUUACUUACCUCUUUACAUAAGCAUUCAUUAGCAUUCAUAAAUGUGUGUGUCCCACCAGAUAUAACUGUAAGUCUGUUUUGCAUUUGAAAUGCAAUUUGGAGCAAUUCAAAGCUCUAUCAAAUAUCAACUCAGUUAUGAGACCACACAUUUGUGAAACAACAUGAAUGUAAAGGCUAUGCAUCACCUAGCUAGCUAGACAUUAAAGUCUUGUAAACCCCUCUUUAUUAAAGCGUUGCUAUUUUCAAUACCUUUGUUGAACGCUUGCUCUUUUUUUUGAGUACUCUGCCAACAUUUUUGGACAUCUCUAAGUAUGUUCAGUCUUGUCCCUCUUCCAUUGGAUCACGUCAUUCUUUGCCUAUAUUGGUCAUCUUCCUUUGCGUUUGCAGUGGAAAAUCCCACUCCCAUAUCUUUUAGCCACUAAAAGAUGUCAACAUGCAUUGUCACUUUUUGCCUGAUGUACUCUGGCUAUGUAUAAUAUACAUUUAUGCAUUUCACAAUAUGAGCACAGUAUACUUAUCUAUUGUCUACUGUAUUCUAUUCUAUAUUGUCCAUCUGAAAACUGUCUUUUUUUUUUUUCUGUGAUGAAACAAAGCAUUGUCCAGGAUGUCCUGUUUUGGAAGUGAGGGUCCAUACCUUUUUCAUUUAUUUUUGUACAUCAAAUGGAUUGAUAACACAUAAUACACUGUAUUGUCAAUGCUAACUUACAUUGUUAUCAACAAUUGGUUCUUAUUUUAAAUGCAGAGGUUGUUGUUUUUGAAUAAAAUGUCAUAUGUUG